GCUCCUUGAUCCUCAGACACACGAUCUCUUCCAUAACUACAGCAGGGUGAUCAAAAUCAGAAAAUUAGCCGGAAACAAUAGUCUAGUCUGAGGAUCUUGUUCAUAUUCACAGGACAGACUUGGUGAAUGGUCCUAAUAAUACCCUUUUUAGCCUGAUGAAAUCCAGGAUCACCUGUUGGUUUUAUGAGGCGGUCUCUAGCCUCCUUUAAUCUGGAGCAGCUCCUCAGUCUUCUUGUGUUUUCCGAAACUGACAUUUGUGAAGCGGGCAGGUUGGUUACUUUGUAGGCUGUUUCUCAUGUUUCCCUGGUCACAGGUUUUUGGCGGGAGGAUCUUGGAAGUGCUGUUGUGUCCUCCACAGUGCGUCCAUCAAGAGGCACGUGAUGCUGGUUGUCCCGUGGCUGAUGGUGCUCGCUUAGAUCAUUUGGCUCUGUGGGAAGGCGGUGGCCCUGCCUUCGGUGAGAAGAUGUCCUAUGGAUCCAUCGCUGGCAGUGGUGGCCUGGGGAGCUGCAGCCCUUUCGGGGGGCCCUCCAGACAAGGCUAUCAGCCCCUUGCCACCCAGCUGGAUCCUGGUGAUCUCCAGGAGCUGUUCCAGGAGACGUCCGCCAGCGUCUUCCGAAUCAACUCCAACGUGACCUCCUUGGAGCAGAGCCUCCGGUCCCUGGGGACGCCGAGUGAUACGCAGGAGCUGCGGGACAGCCUGCACUCGGUGCAGCAGGAGACCAACAGCACAGUGGCCGCCAGCACCAGCGCCGUGAAGCAGAUGUCAGAGCUCCUUCGGGGCUGCUCCCGGCAGGAGCGUCUUCAGCUGGACCGCCUGAAAACUCAGCUCUCAGACGCCAUUCAGCGCUACGGAGUGGUGCAAAAGAAAAUUGCGGAGAAGUCCAGAGCACUGCUUCCCACAGCACAGAGGGGUGGCAAACAGCAGAGUCCUGGGGCCCCUUUUGCGGAGCUGGCAGACAAUGAGAAGAUCUUUAACGGGAGUGACAGCAUGUGGCAGGGCCAGGAGCAGGCGCUGCUUCCGGAGAUCACUGAGGAGGACCUGGAGGCCAUCCGGCUGCGCGAGGAGGCCAUCCUGCAGAUCGAGAGCGACUUGUUGGAUGUGAAUCAGAUCAUCAAGGACUUGUCCUCUGUGGUGUCAGAGCAAGGAGAUGCCAUCGGGUCCACCAGCAGCAAGGCUACAUGCCGGCAGAGCUCCAGCCCCGAGCCGGCCGUGGUGGCCCUGCUGCCCGGGCCGGGCCGCGUGCCCCUGCGGCCGGGCCCCCACUCGCGCACCAAGACGCGCAAGCCGAACUUCAGCCCGCAGGAGACAGAAGUGCUGGUGCAGAGGGUGACACGCCACUACCCACUGCUGUUCGGGGCGCUGCGUGGCACGCCCGCCCGGAAGCACCGCGUGUGGAGCAAGAUCCUGCAGGCUGUGAACGCACUGGGCUACUGCCGCAGGGACCUGGGCGACCUCAAGCACAAGUGGCGCGACCUGCGUGGGGUGGUGCGCAAGAAACUGGCAGAGUGCCCACGCGCCCCGGCCGAGGGCAGCCCGGCCCCUGGCCUCCUCCUCACACCCGUGGAGCGCAUGGUGGCCGAGACCUUCUCAGCCGCGGCACCCCCAGGCGAGAGCCAGGCUGCCGAGCCCCUGCCAAGUAAGUGGGCCCCUCCACAGCCCGUGCCCAGGGCUGCCAGCGUGUGACCAGCAAGAGCAAGACCCUCAGCGGGAGCGCUGGGCGCCGUGAAGACGGCUGUCUCCCACUUGGCCCGUCUGCUUCUAGAUGGGGAAACUGAGGCUCAGGGCCAGGGAGGGGCCAGCCCGUCUUGGGAGUGAAGGAGCAGGGCUCAGGUUCUUCCCAGCCCCGAGCUCGGAGUCCUUCUGGGGUCGCCCACAGUUGACACGAUGCAGCCAAGGGGCCUGCAGAGACGGCAGGGACCCUCGUUUGUCACAGGAGCCGAAGUCGAGGGGAAUCGCCUGAGCGCUCCUCGCCUCCCACAGCCUGAAGGCCGGGGCUUUUCCACCAUCACCGCCCCAGCUCAGCUCCCGUCCCUGCCCGCCUCGUGGCCUCUGUCCUGGGUGUGGGGAGGGAGGGUGACCUCACCUGCCCCCUGACCCCUUCCUCCGCUCUCAUCCUGUGGGCCUUUUUCCCUGGGGUCACUCAGCCCCAGACCAGGCCAGGGCAUGCUGACCCCUCUCUGAGCCAUGGGCCCACCUCCAAGGCCCACCUUUGCCGGAAGAUUCUGUGCCUGGUGAGGAUGGCAUGAGGUGUCCAGCUGGGCCUUCGCUGCCGCACACGGCCAUCUCUGGCCCCAACGGCCGUGCUGGCUCGCUCCUGCUGCCGCCUCCUUCAGCGCCUCCUCCUGCCCGCUCCUCCUCCUCCAGAUGCCUCUGAAUGUCCGGCCAGGAGCACCCUUCGCCUCUCUUCGGUUUACACGUGUUGGCUCCACCCCCUCCUUGGAGCUGAGCCCCACUGGACCCUGCCUUCCUUGGGAGCUGCUAGAAGGACUUUGGGGCCGAAGCUGGGAGCAGGACCAGCUCCCUCUUGAGGGCCAGCAAGUGGACAGCCUCAUGGGGACAAGCAGGGGCCGCAAACAUCUCCAACAGAUGGCUGCAGCAGAACUUCCGGUGGGCGGAGCUGCAUAGAGCAAGCCUGGGCCCAUGGGGAGAUGUGUGGACCUGGGAUGCGCCAUCUGCGGGCUGGCCUUGGUCAUGGGCCUGGGUGAUGGGAGGGGCAGGGCCUGCCUCUUAGGCUUGCGGGAGGCUCCCCGCUCUCCUACAGCUGGAGCCAGACCUGGUUUUGGGGUGCUGCCAGGCAGAGUGGGCACACUGUGUGCGCCAAGAAGGAGCUGGCACUGGGUGGCACUGGUGUGGCUCUGGGUGCUCAGACCCGUCCCACAAGUCCCCUGCCCUGGAGCAUGGCGGGAACUUGGUGUCUGUGUUUGUCCCAGCGGUCCCCUGUGCUUGGCUCUGCAAAAUCCCUUGUGGUGAGGCCCAGAUGUCUCUGCCUGCCCUGGCCCCUUGGCCCCUGGGCUCGUCUCCAACAGGCAGCCAACUGACUGGUCCCUUAGUGCUGUGUGCUCCUCCUGGAAGAGGCCUGGUACAGUCACUGAGGUUUGUUGACUCACUGAGGGAGAGAGAGUGAGAUGAGGGCAGGCCUUCCCCUGGCAGAGCUGAGACGAGGGGCAGGGAAAUGGCUGCAAAGCCUUAUUUGGGGAGGGUAGAGACCACUGCUGGAGGCCCAGCCCUGCCAGCUCCUCCCUCUGGAUCAGCACUGGCUGGGGCUGGGGCAGGGUCCGGCCUGCAGGGGCGUGGCACGGCUGGCUGCCGGGGCUGAGGACAGCCAGUGGACAGUGUGCUGGGCCCUCCACGGGGAGCCUGUGCUCUGAGGCUGCUGAGCAGGCAGCUUUCCCAUCUCCCCUGAGGGCCCGUGCUGGCCAUGACUUGGGGUGCACACGCCUGCUCUCUGCACGUUUGGGGAAGCAGCGCUGAAGGGGGUUGUCUUUGGCCCCCGGAGGCCUGACCCAGAGCCCGAGUGCCCCGUAGCCCCCCGGCGCAGAGCCUCUCCGGGGCAGCUUCCUCUGAGCACCCCCUGCACCAAGACUGGGGUGAGCUGGGGGCCUGUGGCCCUGCAGAGCUGCCCCCGGCCGGCCGAUGAGGCAGCACGGUGCCGCAGGUCACGUGGUGGGUGCUGCGGAAGGAGGGAGCCGGCUGAGAGCCGGGGUCUGCUUGUGCGGUGUCCCAGGGUAGAGCUGCGUCUCAUCUGGAAAGUGCUGUGCGGGCUAAGAGCACCCACAGCGCAGCACUGGGCCUGCAGCCUGUGCACCGAGCCCUGGGGCCCCAGGACGUUUAUUCUCUGGUCUGAGGGGGGGCCUCGGCUGCAGGAAUCACUCGCGAGUCUGGGCAGUAUGUUACUGUCAGAGUCAGCCUCUGAGUGUCCCCAGGGCCCCAGCUUGGUGCAGACCAGGAUUGGGCUUUGUCCAAGACUGAGGGCAGGUCCCAGCACAGCCCGGGCUGUGUGGUCACGGGGCAGAGAAGAGGCCCAACCGGGAGUGUGGCGUCUAGUGCCCGACACUGGCCCGGACACUGCUGUCUUCUGUUCCCCGGGACAGCUUUUCUUCUCUCUGCUUCCAGCUCCUCCCAUGACAGGAGCAAGGCCAGGCUGCUGCUGCUGGGGUCUGGGGGUGCAAGGUGGCUCGUUUGCAUGUGAGCAGGGCAGUGGCAGGGGCAGGGACCUGGGUGGACGCCUCCUCCCUGCAGGGCUGUUCCUGCCGCAGUGGCAGCUGUGGACAGAUGACCCAGACUUCUGGUCCUGCCUCCCUUACCCGCUCUCUUCCCUGCUGGCUGCAGAGGGCAGCGGCCCUUGAUAUGACAGGACCAUGGAGAGUUCUGUUCUUCUGGUGGGGGGUGGUGCUGCACAUGUGAGAGGAGCAGGGGUGCCCUGGCGUGAGGAGGGGGCUCAGACCCGUUGCCCACAUCCUGCCUCUCCUUCUGAUGGGGUUCCCCAUGGAGGGGCCUGGGCCUCCUCACCCUGUAGUCAGGUGGGGCUGGAGGGAGCCCCAGGUGGAUGCCCCGUUGGAGCACACCCACCGGGCUGAAGGGAUGCUGUGCCUGGGCAACGCCUGUGUUUAUGGGGACCUUCUCUGCCUCAGGCCUCAGGCUUCUGUGACCUGCUCCGCUCAGGUGGUGCCCAGGUGCGCAGCCCCCCUGGAGGAUGUACGAAUCGAAUUGAGCUAUUUCUGCCUCCAAGUCUCACCAAAAUGUGUGAAUUUGGAGGCUUGUCUCUCCUCCUCUUUGAGACAUUAACUGAAUGCGCGUUUGCAUCUGACCCGUCCGCCAGCAGUCGCAGCACUGGUCUCCGCUGGGGGCAGGCUGCUUGGGCCCCAGUUUGUCGUCUGGGCAGCGUCGAGGUCCUUCCUGUGGGUAGAUGAGGGAGCAGCAUAGAGUCGCCCGGGGGCCUCACCUGGAUUAAAACCCAGUUCCUACUGUGGCCGCAUGCGCCAUCUUAACUCCCUGCUGCCCACAGCCUGGCCGUGCGCUCACAGCGCAGCUCGGACGGGUUUGGUGCGUGUUCUAUGCGGCGCUGAGCGGAAUCCUCUGAUUUCCUGGGGCCAUCCCGGGGCCUCGUCAGGGCAGCUCAGCUGUGCUGCUGGUGUGACGUCUCGGGGGCCUGUUGACACCCUCUGCAGGUCCUGCCUGAAGUCCCUGGUCCCACUCAGCCCCACGCCGUGGUUAGAAGCAGCUGAUCAGUGCUCAAGGCCGCGGGCCAGUGCGUGCUGGUGCCCAGCGCCCUGUGCGUGGAGAAAGAUGUUCACAGACCCGAUCAUGGCCAUCCUCGUGGCAGCUCUAUAAGAUGCGCGGAGACGAGGCCCAGCCGCUUCUCAGAGGCCGUGGCCAGGGUGGGGGCCCCCGAGGCUGCAGAGGCGUAGCGGAGCCCGGCAUCUGCCCCUCCAUGAGUGAGCUGCGCCUGCCGUGAGGGGCACUGCCAGGCCCUCCGUCCUGGCGGCUCCUGCCAGCCAGGGCCCACACCAGGCGAGCUGCCCAGCACCCCCCUGCAGCCUCUGCUUCUCGGGAGGCCAGUGAGCACCCAGGGCAGAUUCUCGCCCCUGGGCCUGGGCUCCCCUGGGGUGUCCUCAGGGUCUCCACUCUGUAAUUGCUUCUGUUGUCUUGAU